AUGAACCUGUACACGCUAGGCGAAGGUCUUUUCGGUACACAUGUCACUUGGGAGGACAUUGAAGAAGACAUGCAACGUGAGCUGAACACCGAGGCUUCGUUCGGCCCAAAUAAAUCCGUCAAGGAUAUUGGAGAGGGCAACGGUUUCAUGUCAAAGAUUCUGCUCAUCGAUCCUGAUUGGCAGGGAAAGGACAAGGAGCUCCCAGAGAAGUUCGUUGCAAAAGUGAGUUCGCUUGUUUUGAAAUGUGGUCAGGCCUCACAGGCUGACUAA